UAUGAAAAAUACAAUAAAAAAUAUUAAUACUAGACCAGAAUAUGAUAUAUUGUUUUCUGUAGUGCUGUAUAUCAACGGAUAUUAACUCUCAAAAAUAGGAGAUAAUGAGUAUAAUGUCACCUUGGUUAUCAUUUGAAAGAAAUGAGCUUCCCACCUUAAAUUUAUGACUAUUAAGAUAGGCGUCAGAAAUUAGGAAACAUCUGAAUUGAUAAGAGGUAUGAGCUUAUUUUGCUACAUUACACUUAAAGCAAGCAUAUUUUAUAGCAAAUCCUUUGGAG